AUGUCUGGUCUAAGCGCCACCCGAAAGAAGAAGAACAUCAAAAAGGGAAUCCAGUUCUGCUUGAUGGUAUGCGGUGCCUCAGGGACAGGCCGAACUACAUUCGUCAACACCCUUUGUGGCCAGAAGGUCCUAUCGAGCAAGGAGUGCGAUGACCCAACCUCAGCUCAUCAAGAAGAAGGCGUUCGUAUCAAGCCUGUUACUGUUGAGUUGGACGAGGAGGGAACUCGUAUUUCCCUUACCAUCGUCGAUACCCCCGGGUUCGGCGACCUGAUCGAUAACGAGGCCAGCUUCUCCGAGAUUGUUGGGUACCUUGAACGACAAUACGACCAUAUUCUCGCUGAAGAGUCUCGUAUCAAGCGUAACCCAAGGUUCCGCGAUAACCGUGUGCAUGCUCUUCUCUACUUUAUCACUCCUACAGGCCAUGGCCUCCGUGAACUCGAUAUCGAACUAAUGAAGAGGCUCUCUCCACGCGUCAAUGUCAUCCCAGUCAUUGGCAAGGCCGACUCGUUGACCCCCUCUGAGCUUGCGGAGUCCAAGAAGCUCAUCAUGGAGGAUAUUGAGCACUACCGCAUCCCUGUCUACAACUUCCCCUACGACGUUGAAGAGGACGACGAAGAUACCGUUGAGGAGAACGCCGAAUUGCGUGGGCUUAUGCCAUUCGCUAUCGUCGGUAGCGAAGAUAUCGUCGAAGUCGGCGGCCGCAAAGUCCGUGCUAGACAAUACCCAUGGGGUAUUGUCGAAGUUGAGAACCCACGACACUCGGAUUUCUUGGCUAUUAGGUCAGCUCUACUACACUCGCAUCUGGCUGAUCUCAAAGAAAUCACCCACGAUUUCCUCUACGAAAAUUACAGAACGGAGAAACUUUCCAAGUCUGUCGAUGGCGGUGCUGCGGAGGAUAGUACAAUGAAUCCUGAGGACCUUGCUAGCCAGUCCGUGAGGUUGAAGGAGGAGCAGCUGCGUCGUGAGGAAGAGAAGUUGAGGGAGAUUGAGCUUAAGGUUCAACGUGAAAUCAAUGAGAGGAGACAGGAGUUGCUUGCCCGUGAAUCCCAGCUCAAAGAAAUUGAGGCGAGAUUGGCCCGUGAACAGAAGGAGUUGGAAGAAGGAAUCCCGGAUGAUGCAAAUGGUCAUUAG